AUGAAACCACAAUAUCCUACAGAAGAGUUGCAGCGUGCGAUGUCUGCAGCUUCACCACUUUAUAUGCCAAAUGGAUUUGCUGGUGGCUCUUUCGAAUCAAUGCCACGUCCAACCUAUAAUAUGGGCUUUAAAGGAAAAGGUUCUGUUAGUGCGAAAUUUGGAACGCCUACAAUAUUAAGCCCAAGCAUAUUUUACAGCUUUAUGGAUAAUACUAUACCAACAUUCAUCGCAGAUAUUCUCACAACUGAGAAUGCACUUUCAUUUGUUGCAACUCCACCGCAAAAUCUUCUCAAUCCAAGAUUCUUGAUAUAUGCAAUAUCUUCUGCCAGUAUAUCUACUUCUCCUAUCAAGAUUGUUUUGAAUGGAUCAACAUUUCAUCGUAGACUUAAUGACGUAACUGCUGUUGAUGUUACAAACCUCCUUGUUCCUUUCGGACAGCAAAACUGGCUUGUAGUAGAAACAGGAGGUAUUAUUGUUCCAUUUGCUCUUCUUGGAGUCUGGUCUUCGUUUAGUUCAAUGGAAAACAUCAUACAGAUGAUUUCUUCUAAACCAGGAUUCUACUUCAGCGAAGUUUCUGCCAUUUGCCCAAUUACAGGCCAACAAAUUGAAAUUCCAGCAAAAGGUGUAGACUGCCAUCACGAUAACUGCUUCGAUUUAAUUCCAUACCUUACUACAAGACAAGCCCUUGGCGUUUGGACUUGCCCAAUUUGUGGCUGCUCCUUACCUCUACAAGAUCUCAGAGUAGGAACAAUUCAGCAAACACAGGAUGCAAGCUUCGAGAAUGUUUGGGGAAUUACUGACCAAACACUUGGUUUUGAAGACGGUAAUUCAUUUAAUUGGUGA